GGCAGAUUGUUUGAAGAAGAUAGGAAAGUGUUUAGAAUGGAUAAGCCUAUGUCAGGAUGGGGAUAAACAUCACAGAUCUUUUACUAAAAGGGACGCGUCAGACGUAAUUAGACUAGAUGCUCAAAAUGUGUCCAGAGAAUAUCAUACGUUUUCAACAAGAACUCGAGUCCGGACUUUGACCUUAUCUGUGUCCGGGUCAGCAGUAAUUGGCCUACUACUUGGAAUGCUAACAAUGUCACUUAUACUGUGGAGAUGCAAGAAAAGAGAUCGAUGGAAUCAAAGUGUCUUAUACAGAACAGAAAGAAGUGGAGAUUUAAACGAUGCACGUAACAGAGAUUCGUCGGCAUUUUUACAAAGAAAUCAUAAUGAAAAUGAACUGUUUAAUAGGGAUAAUGAUCAUACGUCCUCAGGACACUGCUCUUCGUCACAGUCUUUGGAGGGAUAUACUUGCUUGACUGUCAGAUUACCAGAUAAAACACAGAAUAAUACCUGUUUGCAUCCAGUACUCAAAGGGGAUAAGGAACAAAAGGCAACGUUUGACAACCAAGUUGAAAGCUGAAAGAUAUUGAUUGGAAUAACGAAUUUUCUUAUUGUUCACUGAAACUUUCAAAUAUUGGAAAUCUUUGUUUAGUUUACUUCACUGGCUAAAGAUAUU